AUGUCUUCAGCAAACGUCACCCAGUUUGUCAACACACUGCGUGAGCAGACACGCCGGUUCAUCGCUGAACUUCCUGAUCGGUCAUUCAUGCUCCCAGAGAUACCACCCAUGGUUACUGAUGACGAAGACCUCGUCGUAGCAAAUCUACGUCUUGUUCUCCGCUACUUGAAGCAAGUCAACAAGUUGUGUAAACGUCAAGCCGCCACUGACUCCUCUGUGAAAGUCUUGCAACAUCGUGCUCUAGUCAAGCAAUUUCAUGACGUGGGUGAUUGGUCUGCAAAGCUUCCACCACCUUUUGAAACACCUGAAGCUGUGAAGGAAGUGCCGAGACAAACCCCUGCAGAGGAGAGAUUGAAACGAUUGAUGAGUAUACCUUGGCCAACCAAGCAUCCAUCUACCCCUGCCCCAACUCAGAGUGCCAGUACUAGUUUGCCUCUCCCAGGUGCCGGUGGCUGCAACAAUGAGACGCCUGGCAGUCCAGUCCAGUCCGAAGAAGUUGGCCCAAGUGAGGGAAAGACUGUCGCGCGUGACACUAUCCAGAAUGAACCAGACGCCACCUCCCGAAUUGACAACAACAUGCCGAGUGAAAACUGUGCAAAGGCUGACGCAAGCAUUGAUACUGGUAUUGCCUUGAAAUUCCAGGGAACAGACAGUGAUAUUGCUAAGGCUGAGUCACCACCACCACAACCACCAAGUGAACUUCGGUCGUUUCGCUUCAGACACGCGUCAGACCCGCUCCAGGUGAAGACUUCUGAGAUCGACAACGACACGCACCAAAAGAAUCGUGCCGUCUCACUUCCAGUCAAAUGCGAGGAUCCGAUGCAGUCUUGCUUCUUGCGCUGGAGUGGCGAGACUCUGGAGGAAUUCAUCCGUGGUGUGGAAGUCGACGAUGCCAAACAUGUCAACAAGCAGAGAUGGCUGUUCCUCAUUCAACAACCUGACCCCGUUGCAUUCCUCGGCAGGUGGCCUUCUCCAGCCCAAUUGAAGGAUUUCAUGCAGAUGCAUCGUCUUGAGUGGGUCGUUCGAGUGCGUGGCAAGUGGGACUGGGAGCCCAAGCCAGUCGCAGUCCAAGAGUCCGCUGAUUGUUGUGUGAACAGCGUUGAAGAGUUUCCCGCCGAGCGUGAUGUCGUCAGCAGUGUUGACCAAGCCGCUGUUGACCAGGACGGUGUUGAGAGUAGCAAGGUGGCGGACACUGCUGAGUGCAAUAACGAGAAUAGUGUCAUCAGUGCUGCCGAACCGAUCCAGGACUCUACCAAGGAUACUUCCAACGACGAGCAACCAGUCCUUGACACCCCGGAGAUCAACGAGUCACCAUUAGAAGAUGUUGUGACAAACACUACUGCGAACGAUGCUGAUAGCGGUACCGUUGACCUUGCCACACCAGCCCAAGAUGCGCCCAAAGACAUUCCCAACGACGAACAACCAGCUCUUGACGACUCGGGUAUUAACGAGUUGCCAUCAGAAGAUCUGGUUACGGAGGAAACUACUGGGAACAAUAAGGAGAUCAACGAGUCACCAUCAGAAGAUAUCGUGGCAGACACUACUGAAAACGAUGGCGAGGCCAGUGCCUGUGACCACACCACACUGGUUCAGGAUGCUCCUAAGGAUACUCCCAACGAAGAACACCCUGUCCCUGAUGACUCGGAUGUGAACGAGUCCCCACUGGAAGAUCUGGUCGCGGAGGAACCAACUACUGGGAACCGCAACGAGAAUAACAACGAGAACAACGAGAUCGCCGACGAACAGCCAGCUCAUGACGACUCGGAGAUGAAUGAGCUAGCAUCAGAAGAUAUUGGUGCAGAGAGACCUUCUGAGAACAACGACGAGGUCAAUGACAACUCGGAUACGAUCGAGUUCUCGCCCGAAGAUCUGGCGGCGAAGGAGCCUGCUGAGAACAACAAGGAGAUCAGCGACGAGAAGAGCGACAUCAACAACGAACAACCGGCUCUUGAUGACACCGAUACAAACGAGUCUACAUCGGACCAUCAUGUUGCAGAGAAACCUUCUGUGAGCAACGACGAGAUCAACAAGAUCAACGACAAACAACCAGUCCUUGAUAGCUCGGAUCUAAACGACUGCUCAUCAGAAGAUCUGGUUACGGAGGAACCCACCGAGAACACCACUGAGAAUAUUGUCCUCAGCCCUGAUGCAUUGGCACAGGACAUUACCAAGGACAUCUCUAUCGAAGUACAACCAGCUCUUGAUGACUCAGAUACCAGUGAAUCUACACCAGAAGAGGUCAUUGUGGAGGAACCAACUGAGAACGACGGCGAGAACAGUGUCAUCUACCUUGGAGCACUGGUUCAGGACGCUACCAAGGACAUUUCCCCCAACGAUCAACCAGCUCUUGACAACUCGGAUAUAAACGAGCAUACACCAGAAGAUCCUGUCGUGGAGGAAGCUAUCGAGGACAACGACGAGAACAAUGUCUUCAGUCCCGUCGCACUUGUACAGGACUCUACUAAGGAUACUCGCUACGAACAACUAACCAUUGACAUCUCGCAGACCAACAAGCUUGCAUCAGACGAUCUCAUUGCGGCGAAACCUGCCGAUGCAGUCGCGGACAGCCCUCCUUGGUCCACCACAGCCAUCAUUACCGGCGUCGCUGCGUCAGCAAUCACCGCUUGCACCUUCUGCCCACCGCUCUGUGUGAUGAUGCUCUAUGUUGGCAUAUCAUAUGCUAGGGCAAAAUUGUGGCAAUGA